AUGAGCGAUCUUCUUACCAUGAGAGAGACUCUUGAAAACAGUAAAUUUUAUACUACUGAGUGGCAAUUACAAAUGCUGGCUUCUGCCUCUAUUUGGUUUAUUGACUCUUGGUCUGUUUCCUUUAUCCGCCAAAAACCUCCUCAUGUCAUCAAUUUACUCAUCAUUUUAUGUCAGGAUUCUGCCACAAAUGUUAUAUGAUAUUUUUAUAUACACUUAUUUUUAUUGAUUUUUAAUAUAAAUUAACAAGAAUUACCAUAAAUAUUAUAAAGAACAAAAUAGAUUAUAAAUAAAUAAUAAGAAAAUCACUGUGCUAGGGUAUAAUUAAUAUUUUUUCUUAUAAUUUUUUACGUUUCUAUAAUAAUUCAACAUAAAAAGCAUAGUUCCCUGUUUCUUUGGAAUUUUCCCACACCAAAGCUCUCUCCCUAUCGCCGAAAUUUACUACAGAUUUUUCUCAGUCCUCCAGAUGAAAUCUUUACAAAAGCUCGAGCCUUUAAAAAUUGUAAUAGACUACGAUACUUCUCUGCGUUCAGCUGUCGCUCAAGCUUUUCCACAUACAGAAAUCUAUGGCUCUUUUAUCCAUAAAACAAGGCUUCUUUAUAAUGAAUGCAAAAACAUAAAAUGUGGGCUAUUAGGAAUAAAAACAGCGGCGUUAAGCAAGACAAUCAAUUAUUUUAUAGCUUAUGUGUUGGUGAUAUCCUUGAUGAAUGAGCAGGAUUUUCAUCGGCUUAAAAAUUAAAAUUAGCUAAGAUUAUAAGAGAAGAUCCCUGAAGGCACAAAAGGCCAGGUCAUAUUCAUCUUCAUAAUGCCCUGCCACUUGCUUGCAGUCCAAGCACGGCCUCUUACUGUUUUUGCUCCUUAAGGACAAGGGCUUGCUCUCGCCACCAUGCUGCACAUCGGCGGGGUUCAGUUUCCAGAAAAUUUGAAAAAUCGAAUUUUAUAAUCACCUGCCAGCCGAAAUGGCGUAGAAUAUUCUUCUGUUAUCGUGCUGGGAAACACUCCUGAUUAAUAAGGAGUAACCUCACUGGUGCAUCCCUUUCCAACUCUGAGCCCAUCUUCCCUGGGGGUAAAACCUUAACCUCUAUGUGAAAUGUGGUCGUCUAAACUCAACUUUGCGCUCCAUGAAAUUAAGCAAAAGCUUGCAGGUUACACAUCACCAAAUACCAUCGUCCCUUCCACAAGGUCCCUGAUUUACCCAGCUGCAGCUGAUAAGAGGAUGGGUUGGAUCGCCACGCCGUUUUAAUGUAUAUAGAUUUUCAUCAUCAUUGGAACAUUUUAAAACAUCAGGUUAAUGAUGAAGCUUUUGCUGGUGUAAUCAGUAUGAUUGGGUUGUUGAUUUUUAUGCUUUUUUCGAUUAUAUUUAAUGGAAUUUAUAUGGUACCGAAUAAAUAUUUUUACAAAAUAAAAAAAAUUAUUAAACUAAAUUGCAGUGUAAUUCAUAGUAUAAAGCAUAGUAAAAAAAAAAUUAAAAAUAUUUAAAAUAAAAAAAUGAAUUUUUUAACAAGAUGAUUGAAAGGGAUUUCGUGAAUCCUAACGGGAGAUACCAUUCAGAGAUGACGUUUUCGCACAUUUUAGAAGAAAAAGCUUUUAGAAUUGCUACACCUGCUAUAGAAGGCUACCACUAUCGUCUAAAACAACUUAUGAAAACUUAUAACGUCUCCUCAGUUGACAUGCUGGUCGAAAAAGUCCUGGUUUCUGAAGAAAAGCAUUUCAGCAGCAAAGUCGCUGAGGUAAAUUUACAAAGAAUUAUAUCUCCAGACCUCCCAGAAAAAUUUUUCUUUGAAAGAAGCAUGGGACCUUUGCCAAUUGCGACUUCACUUGGGGAUAUUUAUGGGAUGCUUGAUCAUAUGCCUGCCUAUUUUGAAUUUAAUUAAAAAAAAAUUAAUUUAUGGGCUAAAUAAAAUAAAGAUUUAUGAUUUAUAGAAAAGACCAAUUAAAGCGACUUAUCAUACCCCUCCACAAAAAUUAGCAGAAUUACUAAUUGAACAAAGCGAAGAUAUUCAGCUGCCACAGAGGAGAGCCCUUGUAAGCUUGUGCAACCUUGAAGAAUAUAAGAAGUCUUUGAUUUCAUUUGAUACAGUUUCACAGAGUAUUAUGAAUUUACAUCAAGAAAGGAAAAAGAAAUACAGAGAAGAAAGAAAGACGAGAGUCAAGGUUGAAGAGCCUGCAAUGGAAGUAGAAGAGGAAGAAGGGGAAGAAGAGGAAGAAGAGGAAGAUGAAGAAGAUAGCGAAGACAUGCAGGAGUAA